CAACAAAGUUGGAAGGAGGCCACGAGCGUGCCAUUUUCAGUUUUGGAUUCACGGCAAGGACAGACUGACACGAGUCCACUUUCAGCAUGAAGUCUUUUUCUUCCCCCGAGUCUCCCAGACAGAGGACCGUGAGAAGGGUCUCCAAGCCUGUGAUGGAGAAACGCAGACGGGAGCGGAUCAACCACAGUCUGGAGACAAUACGACUCCUGAUGCUGGAUAACACUCACUAUGAGAAUCUGAAGAAUCCAAAGGUGGAGAAGGCAGAGAUCCUAGAGAGUGUGGUCCAUUUCCUUAAGACAGAGAAGGAGGUGGAGAAGGGUCACCGGGCCGUGAGGAGAGUCCUGUCCAGGGAGCAGAGACCAGCCUCCGCCCGCCAGCACAACUACCAUGACGGCAUGAGGUCCUGUCUGCUGAGGGUCAGCCACUUCAUAGCCAGCAAGAGCCAGGGGUCAGAGGAGGCCGGUGGGGACACAGUUCAGGCUUCUCUUGCGCUUCCUGGGCCCCAGACACACCCUUCAUCUCCCGGACACAUCCACAGGGCACAGGUUGCUCUGUCUCCCCAGCAUCUGUCCCACCGUCAUCGCCAGCACGGGAUCUCUCACCCAUACCUCACCCAGAGGACUGGCCUUCACUGUGACACCAGGGAGCUGCUCUCCUCUACGGCAGCCUGCACGCACAUCACUGAUCCAGUGUGGAGGCCCUGGCCGCAGUGACUGACUCUUGGACACAGAUGUUUAUUUUAGAUUUUAGCUGUGUAAAUAUGUAUUUUGUUGUACAGCUUGGAUUCAUGUGUACAGUGAAGAUAUUUUCAUGCCCCAUGAGGCGUUUUUCCUUUAAGAUUUGCUGUUUUGCACGCUUUUUUUAUUUUUUGAUCUUAGUUAUACUUAUGAAAGAUUUUUUUAGCUGUAACUUAAAAAAAUAAAAUGCAUUUUACGCGUGCGUAAAAUUCGCGUCAUCUGUUUUGGCUGGUGACCACUCCAGCAGAUGUGCUUUUCAUUUUUGCUUUGCUCUGAGUACAUAUUGUACAUAAUAGAGAUAUGAUGAAUUGUUUUCCUGAUUGUGCUUGAUGAAUUCUCUUGUUUCCAUUUCCAAUAAAGCACAACUUCCUGAUCA